AUGGCAGACCACGGCUACCUGCGCAUCACCGCCUUCCCCGUCGAGAUCCUCUACUUCGUCUUCCAAGAGCUCGAGCAGCCUGACCUCGUCCCCGUCCUCCGCGUCAACACCCACUUCUACGACAUCGCCAUCCGCACCCUCUACCGCGUCAUCCCCGAGUUCCCAAACGUCCGUCGCUGCAUCGCCUGUCUCAAGGCCCUCUCAUCGACCCCCGCGAAUGCCGCCUUCGUCCGCCGGCUGAGCGUCGACCUCUCCGCUCGCCGCUGCGUCGGAAACCUCUUCCGCCUCCUCCGCGACGCCCUCGCCCGCCUCACCCACCUCCGCCACCUCUCCAUCGAGCUCUCCCCGCACGACAACCAAUACUCCCUCGCCUGGGUCCUCGCUGCCGUCCCCACCCCCCUCCGCUCGCUCGGGACCUCCAUCCGCUGCGACACCCCGCUCACCGCCGUGCUCGAGUCCCAGCCGGAGCUCACCGAGCUCUGCCUCCGCGGCUUCCAGACGAAGCAGCCCUUCCUCAUCUCCCCCGGCGCGAUGCCCCGCCUCCACACCUUCCGCGUCGUCCACGCCGGGCCCUCCAUCAUCGCCGCCGUCGUCAAGGGCCGCCCCGUCGAGGGCGUCUCCCUCUCCAUCUUCUGCGAGGACGGCUGCGAGCCCCUCGACGCCCUCGCCCUCUCCGCCUUGCCUCUCAAGCGGCUCACGAUCAUGAGCCUCGACCGCGGCCUCCGCCCGGACGUCCUCAUCCCGGAGAUCGCCCGGCGCCUCCCCAAUCUCGAGGCGCUGCACCUGGUGGUCCUCAUGACGCAGUACGACUUGCAAAUGCUGCGAGACACGGGGCCGUGUCUGUCCGAGUUCUCGAGCCUACGGUAUCUCACUUUGAUGGUGGCCACCACUGAAGAUUCAUCGAUGGAGGACGAGGAGAAGAUGGCGGAGUCGUGGGCCAAGGCUUGUCCCACGUUGCGAACCAUAAUCCUCCCGAAGGGCAAGGUCUGGUUCCUCAGGGAUGGGAAGUGGUCGUGUUGCGCGAGGGGAGAUGAAGACUAG